AUGAAGAUCACGAUAAAAACCUUGCAACAUAAGCAAUUCCAAUUGGACGUCGAGCCUGAGGACAAAGUUCUUGAGGUAAAGAAAAAAAUCGAGCAGAGUCAAGAACAUGCAGUUUCAUGUCAAAAACUUAUUUUCGAAGGUGAAAAUUUAAGAAAUUAUUAUUCGGGCCUCAAGGAAUGUGGAGAAGCAGACACUGAUUCAUUUACGCCAUCCACCCAACCUAACACGUCUGCGUCAUUACCGCGUACACCCACUACAACCGCUCCACCGCCCGCGGUCAUACAAUCGCCCGUUGCACCUUCAACCUCUUCCUCAACUUCCCCAAAUCCUCCUUCCACUCAGGAAUCAACUGCUCCAGCCACCACACAAUCAAUACCAGAAAUUUUUGAUAAUUCCAGCGUAUUAGUAACUGGUGCCGACUAUGAAAAUGCAAUUCAACGUAUUAUGGAGAUGGGAUACGAACGCGAUCAAGUUGUGAAAGCCAUGCGCGCUAGUUUUAAUAACCCCGAUCGGGCUGUUGAAUAUCUGAUGACCGAAAUCCCUCCAGAAACCGAUCAACCAACCGAAACCUCGAACCCCUCAGUUAAUCGACAACCUGUAACUGUAAACACCAGUCCGUCCGGUCAAUCAGCCAUACCUCAGAAUCUUUUUCAUGCCGGAGAACAUCAAGGAAGUACCGAGGAAUUGGCUUUCUUGAGGAAUCAACCUCAAUUUCAACAAUUACGAAGACUGGUUCAAGAAAAUCCGGCACUAUUGCAACCAUUACUUCAACAAAUUGGACAAUCCAACCCUCAAUUACUACAGCUCAUCAAUGCUAAUCAGUCAACGUUCAUGCGUCUUUUGCAUGAGAAUAAUAAUGAGGAAACGGGGGGUGAUGCAAAUUUACCUCCUCCCCAUUUUGUUUCUGUCACACAAGAGGAAAAGGAUGCUAUUGAUAGGUUGGUAGAGCUCGGAUUUGAUCGGGCCCAUGCCAUCGAAGCUUUUCUCGCCUGCGAUCGAAAUGAAGAACUGGCGGCAAACUAUCUGUUUGAAAGCAUGAACGAAGAAGAAAACUAA